GUCUGGGAGGCGAGAAUGACCGAGGUCCUGUGGCCCGCGGUCCCCAACGGGACGGACGCUGCCUUCCCGGCCGGCCCGGGCUCGCCCUGGGGCAACAGCACGUGGGGGAACAGCUCCGUGGUCGCCGCGACCCCCAGUUUGUUCAGAUGCUCCCUGACCAAGACCGGCUUCCAGUUCUACUACCUGCCGGCUGUCUACAUCUUGGUGUUCAUCAUCGGCUUCCUGGGCAACAGCGUGGCCAUCUGGAUGUUCGUCUUCCACAUGAAGCCCUGGAGCGGCAUCUCCGUGUACAUGUUCAACUUGGCGCUGGCCGACUUCUUGUACGUGCUGACCCUGCCCGCCCUGAUCUUCUACUACUUCAAUAAGACCGACUGGAUCUUCGGGGAUGCCAUGUGCAAACUACAGCGCUUUAUCUUCCACGUGAACCUCUACGGCAGCAUCCUGUUCCUGACCUGCAUCAGCGCGCACAGGUACAGCGGCGUGGUGUACCCGCUCAAGUCCCUGGGCCGCCUCAAGAAGAAGAACGCCGUGUACAUCAGCGUGCUGGUGUGGCUCACCGUGGUGGUGGGCAUCUCCCCCAUCCUCUUCUACUCGGGCACUGGUCCCCGCAAGAACAAGAUCACGUGCUACGACACCACCUCGGACGACUACCUGAGGAGUUACUUCAUCUACAGCAUGUGCACGACCGUGGCCAUGUUCUGUGUCCCCCUGGUGCUGAUUUUGGGCUUUUAUGGCUUAAUCGUGAAAGCUCUCAUCUACAACGACUUGGACAACUCACCUUUGAGGAAGAAAUCCAUUUACUUGGUCAUCAUCGUGCUGACUGUCUUCGCCGUGUCUUACAUCCCUUUCCAUGUGAUGAAAACCAUGAACUUGAGGGCGCGGCUGGAUUUCCAGACUCCAGGAAUGUGUGAUUUCAAUGACCGGGUGUAUGCCACCUAUCAGGUGACAAGAGGUCUGGCCAGUCUCAACAGCUGUGUGGACCCGAUUCUCUAUUUCUUGGCAGGAGAUACUUUCCGAAGGAGACUCUCACGAGCGACCAGGAAAGCCUCCAGAAGAAGUGAAGCAAAUUUACAGUCCAAGAGUGAAGACAUGACCCUCAAUAUUUUAUCCGAGUUCAAGCAGAAUGGAGAUACGAGCUUGUGAAGGCGCAGGA